CAGUCGUGUCCUUUUAGAAUGAUCGUCAGUUUUCCUCUCAAGUUUUGAUCUUUUUUUUUUUACACGGGGCGGUCUGUGUGGUUCUGUUGGCGUGGAUAUCAGUUGAAAACGAGGCAUAAAACGUUGGUUUGCAUCGGAAGAGUAACACAAAAUGCGUAUACCAGCAGCAAGUUCAACAAACGUCGGGGCAUCUGGACGCUCCCCGAGCAAGACAGUAGCUCCCCGUGCAGUAGGAUCCACUGUCAGACAGAGGAAAGCAACAAGUAGCGGUACACGCAGCUCUGGCAGGACCACAGGUUCAGCAGGUACAGGAGGCAUGUGGCGCUUCUACACAGAGGACUCACCAGGUCUCAAAGUUGGUCCUGUGCCAGUGUUGGUGAUGAGUCUGCUCUUCAUUGCCUCAGUCUUCAUGCUGCACAUCUGGGGGAAGUAUACCCGCUCUUAAACCACAACCGAUGACCUCUGACCCUGCACCUCAGCUUCUUAAAACAUUAGACCUGGACCAAACAACAAAUGAACAUCUUGACUCCCCUCCUGCCCCGACACUACAACACACAGAGAAUUUUUUUGCUUUUUUGUUUUGAUUCAGUCAUUUAAGCAAAUGUCCCUUUCCCUCACUGACACUAUCCACCUUGUCGCUUGUGCCCAUCUUGGUUUUUUUAAGAUGUAACUGGGUCAAAAGGAACUCACCAUGCCAGUCUAUCUCAGAUGGCACUCUGAGCAGCAUCACUUUGUUCCCUUUACUGCUGCAUGCAGGUUCAGCGCAGAAUUCAAAGGUGUUGUUUUCAGGCUCCCGGGCAAACAUCCCUUUUACAUGUUUGUUAACAGCAUUUGUACAAAUUGUGUGUACUAUUGUACAAUAAAGGGUUUAAAAGUUUCUAAUUCA